AUGGCUGCAGCGCACUGCACGAGAGCCUGGCUUUGUGGGGCAGGAGAAAGGCCCUGGGGGACUGACAGGCCCCGUGCUCGGCUGUGUCUCCCCUGCAGGGUCAUCGAGAACCAGAAGGACGUGACGAGCUUGACUCAGGCCGACACCAAGUCCCUGCGGGAGCUGAAGAACCUCACCAUCGCCGCCUCCGGGCUGCAGUACAUCGCCGCCGAUGCUUUCCGCGCCAACCCCAAGCUGACCCAUUUGAACCUCUCCUCCAACUACCUGCAGUCGCUCUCCUGGCAGACGUUCCAUCCCCUGGCCCUGCAGGAACUGGUCCUCGUGGGGAACCCCUUCCUGUGCUCGUGUGGGAUCCGCUGGCUGCAGCUGUGGCAAAGGAAUGGCUGGGCCGACUUGGGGAACCAGUCCCUGAGCUGCUGGCAGGAGAGAGAGGAAAUCCCCCUGGAGGACCUACACCUCAAGGACUGCGACCCGCCAGAGAUCUUGAUCGACUACCAGGACGAGCUGGUGCAGCAGGGCGAGAGCGUGAACCUAACGUGCCACUUCACGGGCAAGCCGCGGGCACACGGGCGCUGGAUCCUACCCGACGUGGGACCCGAGCCCACCAUCAUCACCAAGAUGUCGGAUGCUGAAAUCACCCUGCAGAUCUUCAACGUUUCCUCCCGCUUUAACCGAAAAGACGUCACCUGCUGGGCGGAGAACGAGGCAGGCCCCAGCGAGAAAGCUGUGCAGCUGAAUGUCACUUUCCCCGCCGUGAUCCUGGACCUGCAGGAAGCCAUUUCCCAGCACUACUGGUGCAUCCCCUUCUCGGUGGACGGCAACCCGCCUCCGGCCCUCCGGUGGCUGUUCAACGGCUCCGCCCUGGUGGAAGGGCAGUACAUCAACACCAAGAUCGUGGAGUACGAACACAACUCCACCGUGGCGCACGGCUGCCUGCAGCUCAACCGGCCUACGCAUGUCAACAAUGGGAACUACACCCUGCUGGCCCGCAACCCGCUGGGCGCCGACGCCCGCACCGUCCCGGGACGCUUCAUGGACAACCCCUUCAGCUUCAACCCCGAGGAGCCAAUUGUUGUGUCCCUGCCUCCGGUGGGCAAGGGGAACAGCACGCUGGACGGGCCGGUGGAAACGUCAGAGGAGCACACGUUUGGGGUCUCCGUGGCGGUGGCGCUGGCUGUCUUCGCGUGCCUCUUCCUCUCCAUCAUGCUGAUCGUGCUCAACAAAUGCGGGCGGCAUUCCAAGUUCGGCAUUAACCGGGCGGCCGUGCUGGCCCAGGAUGACGACCUGGCCAUGUCCUUGCACUUCAUGAACCUGGGCAGCAGCCCCCAGUCCUCAGCCGAGAGCAAACUGGAGGGGCUGAAAACCAACUUCAUUGAGAACCCGCAGUACUUCUGCGACACGUGUGUCCACCACAUCAAGCGCAGGGACAUCGUGCUGAAGUGGGAGCUGGGGGAAGGGGCCUUUGGGAAGGUCUUCCUGGCCGAGUGCUACAAUCUCAUCCCCGAGCAGGAGAAGAUGCUUGUGGCUGUCAAGGCCCUGAAGGAGGCGACGGAGAGCGCCCGGCUGGAUUUCCAGCGGGAAGCGGAGCUGCUGACGGUGCUGCAGCACGAGCACAUCGUCCGGUUCUAUGGGGUGUGCACGGAUGGCGAGCCCCUCGUCAUGGUCUUCGAGUACAUGAAGCACGGAGACCUCAACCGAUUUCUCAGGUCCCACGGGCCAGAUGCCAAGAUCCUGGAUAACGGGAACGGCCAGUCGUUUGGGCAGCUGACCCUGAGCCAGAUGUUGCAGAUCGCCACCCAGAUCGCCUCGGGCAUGGUCUACCUGGCCUCGCUCCACUUCGUCCACCGCGACCUGGCCACGCGCAACUGCCUGGUGGGCCGCAGCCUGGUGGUGAAGAUCGGGGACUUCGGCAUGUCCCGGGACAUCUACAGCACGGACUACUACCGGGUUGGCGGACGCACCAUGCUGCCCAUCCGCUGGAUGCCCCCGGAGAGCAUCCUCUACAGGAAGUUCACCACCGAAAGUGACAUCUGGAGCUUUGGGGUGGUUCUCUGGGAGAUCUUCACCUAUGGGAAGCAGCCCUGGUACCAGUUGUCCAACACUGAGGCCAUCGAGUGCAUCACACAGGGCCGGGAGCUGGAGCGGCCCCGAACCUGCCCCUCGGAGGUGUACGACAUCAUGCAGGGCUGCUGGCAGCGGGAACCCCAGCAGAGGCAGAACAUUAAGGAGAUUCACAGCCGGCUUCAGGCCCUGGUCAAGACCCCUCCCGUCUACCUGGACGUCCUGGGCUAAGGACGGGGAUGGAGACGGGGAAGGAAACCGGCUCUUCCUUCAGAACGACCCCACCGGGAUCCUCCUCCUACCUCCUCGCCUGCCCCUCGCCCCAUCGACGCAUCGGCCAGGAUCCCGCCCCCAUCCUGGGGUCAGAGGUGAUGGGACCACAGAGAGGUUCCCCGUCUCUGGCCUCGGCAGGACUGUUCCCUCAGCCAGGGGCGUCGGGAUGGGACCGAGUUCCCCAAGACCUGUCAACCUCAUACGAAAGUCGCUCCCUUCGGCCCCUUUCCAGCUCUGGCUGGUGGCCCAAGCUGCUGCCCUUUGCCCGCCGAGAGCGGUGGCAGGAGGGCGCGUGCUGCCCUCAAUUCAGAUUCAGCCUCCAGAAGCCUCCUCACCCGCCGAAGACAGAUGGACGGACGGAUGCUAAAGGGACAGAUGGAGGACACCCUCCACCUCAGUGGGUGGGGGACCCCUGCCCUGUGUCUCUUCCUACAGCAGACUCCACCCUGGCACUGCGACCCUCCUUCCACCCCCUGCUAGGUGACGCGGACGCAUCAGUUAUUAGUUACCCACUGGCUGAAGGACUGACGCCAGCCAUGUAUAUUUCAGGGGGAGGACACUUCGUGGGCCCAGACCCCCAAGGUUUGGGGGAAGGCCAGCGGGGCGGGCGGGGGAGGGGGGCGGGGAGGACUGCUGUUGAAUGGAAUGAACGUGUUUAACUCUAUUUAUCAUUAUACACGCUAGCUCUUUACUGUAGUGGCUUAUCUGGGGUGGGGGGAGAGAUUGGGCCAAGUCCUGGGGCUAGUUGAUCGUAAUAACGGGACGUUUGUCCACCGCAGGGCUGGCUGUGAAAUCCCUUCACAGCCCUUGGGCAACGACACCCACCUCUGAGCACCCAGAGCAGCGUCCAGACGUCCACGCUGCAGUCCCGGGUUGUGAUUGCAGCUUGCUGUGAUCUAGCCGGCUCUGGGACAGACAGCAGCGAAAACGCAGCAGCACUGGCUUGAGCGUGGGCCGUACCGGCCUGCCCGGGACCCUGGGUGAUUACGCCUGGGCUGUCCUGACUUCACAGCUCUGGUCAGGCCGACGAGAGUGGGGGAAGCCGGUACAAAUUACCGGGGUCCAGCAGUCCGGGAUGGGGCCCAGGGCCUGGCUUCCCCAGCUUCGUCGGCCCUGUUUAGCUGGUCCACCCUUGCUGGGGGGCCCAAAACUUUUUUUUCCACCAAGGCCCGAACCCGCUCUCGGCGGCCCUGGCUCUGGUACCCACACUAGCUAGAUUAAGUCGCAUCCCAUGAUUGCAGUGUGUAGCCACACCCUGAAUGUCAGACCCGCUGUUGCCUGGCCCGUGCGAGCAGAUCCUCCCCUGGUGUGAAUCUGCAUCGCUCCAGGCGAUGCUGAUUUGCACCAGCGGAGGAUCUGGCCCCGUGACGCUCGAGGCCUCAGGCCCCGCUUGGUGAUUGUGGGCUGGGGCUAGGAAGUCCAUCUGGCCAGCUGCUAAUGGGAGGAGCUGUCUGAGCCGGAAAGGUGAGUCAGGGAGCUAGCGUGUGGCUGCCCAGGCAGUCAGUCAUCCCCUCCUGACCCAGGGGUCACUAUGGUUCUCUGAAACCGAUGGGGCCUGAUUCUGUUCCCUCACCCCCAUGGAAUCUGGAGUGACUCCAUUGAAGUUGCUGGGCCUGAUUCUCAUUUGCACUGAGGCCCCUUUUGGCUGCUCUGGCAGCGUAAAGGGACUUUAGCUUUGGCAUAAAUUAUUAUUCUGUAUUUGUAUUGUGAUAGCAUCCAGGACCGCAGUCAUGGGUUAGGACCCCACUGAGCUAGAUCACUGCUGUGAGGGCUUGUCUACACUUGAAAAUUAAUCCAGAUUAAGGCAGGGUGUGAAUUUAAAGUGCUGUGACAAUUCCGGAAUAACUCUGGGUGUAGACAAGCCCAUCACGGUUCCAUCCGCUUUAUGGCCCCUUUACAUUGCCAGAGCAGUGGAAGAGCCUACACCCAGACUGACACCAGUUAAUUAAACUGGUUUAGUUAAAAGUGGUGCAAACCGCUGUGUGGACGCUUAUUCAGGUGUGAAGGCAGCUUAUUCUGCUUUAGUUUAACCCUAAGCCUGUUGCCAAAUGACUAAAGUGCAAUAAACCUGAUUUAAACCAAAAUGGAGGGAGGGGGAAAGAGCGUUGCACCCAGUUUAACUAAAUCAGUUUAAAUUCACACCUUAAGGGCUUGUCUCCCUGGGGACACUCAGGAAAAUUAAUCCAUAUUAACAUUUAACAUGGGUUAGUUAAACCACAUUAAAUUCCUUAUUCGGAAUAAAAGUUUCCCCUUAAUUCAUGGUUUUUCCUUAAUUCAGUUUGGAAAUGAAUUAAAUUAAACCAAGUUAAGGCCACUUUCAUUCUGAAUGAGCGUGUCCACACAGGGGCUUAAUGCAGUUUAACGAAGCCACUUUAAAUUCACACCUGUAGUCAAUUCCACUUAACUUGCCCAUGUGUCCCCAGAGAGGCAAACCCUUAAGUUAAACAAGUGGAACUUUCCCCUGGAGCCCAAGCCUCCGUCACAAGGGAAUUGAUGCUGCUGUAAGUGAGAACAGGAUCCUACAAAUCUAGAAGCUGCCUUCUGGAUCUCUGGCUUUCUCGGUGUUCCUAUCUCUGUAGCACUGUUUCUGCCCUUGGCAGGGCUCUGGAUAGCAGACGUGGCUUUCUGAGCACUACGUCAACUCUGUGAAGGAAAAUAAUAAGGAAUAAAAUCUCCUGUCCAUUUCACUCAAACUCCAAGCGAUGGAUGGAGCGGGA